AAACAAUGUUUACGAUCCCAUCACCUUCUUAAGACGGGCGCUAGCCUUGUGAGACAACCUUGCAUAUGGUUUCUGGCAGUACUUGCGAUGAGUUCCCGUUUCCUCGUGCUUUGCACUUUGGCCGUGGCCUGCGCCGCUGUUACGCAGCACAAUGGAAGGUCUAUGGCCAAGCGGCAGACGGCUGUACCUUCUGCCGGAAAUCUGUCACUCACAAAGUAUCCGACUUUUAAUGAGGUGGUGGCUUACUUAAAUGCACUACAAGCGAAACACCCGACGCUUGUGCGCGUGUCUAGCGCGGGGAAGUCUGUUGAAGGACGCGACAUCAUAUUCGUCCGCGUUUCAAAGAACCUUUCGCAGGAAAGUAAGCCCGUGAUGCUGGUUGAUGCACUCAUGCACGCUCGCGAGUGGAUCACGCUUCCAGCCGUGCUGUACUUCCUCCAACAAGUGGUAGAAGGCUCGGCCACGAGUCUCCUAGACGACAUAGACCUCGUAGUUGUGCCCGUCCUCAACCCCGACGGCUAUGAGUACUCACGCACCAAGGAUCGUCUCUGGAGGAAAAAUAGAAAUACUACCAACAAGAAGUGUCCCGGCGUUGAUUUGAACCGAAAUUUUGACUACCACUGGGCAGAUUUUAUCAUGAGUGGCGGAGCAAGUGACGACCCCUGUGACCUGCAGUACGCUGGAGGAGAAGCAGCGUCAGAGCCCGAAACGCGCAACUACCAGAGCUUAGUCCGCACGCUCAACAAAAACAAGCUCAUCAAGAUGUACGUUAACCUGCAUAGUCCCGAACAGGCAAUCUUUACGCCAUGGGGCUAUUCAGUGACGGCUCCUACCCUACCCGAUAUCAACAAGCUGAACGUCAUUGCCAAGGAGGCUAACGCUGCCAUGGUGAAGGCUGGGGCGAAAUCGUACGCUGUUGAAAACAUGGCUGCAGAUUACCCGUCAACAGGCACUGUAACGGAUUGGGUGCGCGGCGUUGCCGGCGUAGCCCAAACGUUCUGCUUGGAGCUGCCACCUGGAGGGGAUUCAAAACAGGAAGGCUUUGCCGUUCCCACGUCUGAGAUUUUACCCAUCUCUCAGCAGGUUUUUCAGGGGCUGAAAGUGUUUGCAAAAUACGCAAGCAAACCGUUGACUCAGUGAGGAAGAAACGAGGUCCGCAAAUCUGUUUGUCGCAAAUUGAAACGUCUCGGCCACGGCAUCAUUGGCGUGUUUGAAACAUCAAUAAAUAAAACCACAUAGCAAUGUAACGCAA